AUGAGUUUUCUUGCGGGAAGAUUAGCAAGCACGGAGGGCGCCUAUUUCUUACAAGAAUCCAAAAAAGCCGUGACCCGCCUCCUCCAACACCCAAAGAACACCUCUGCCACCAUUAAAUCGGCAAAUUCGAAUACAAAUACAGUUCUCGUUGACAACAAUAAAUCAUCAUCAACAGCUGAUGUUCUUCCAGAAGUUUUAAGGCACUCAUUGCCUUCCAAGAUUUUCCUUUCACCAGUAUCAUCCUCCUCGGAAAAUUCUUCAUUUACUAAAGCCUCCAAAUGGGCUUUUCAUUCUGAAAACAAAAAUGUGUCAAUUGGGUCAACCGAUGCUCUUAAUCCCCUUAGGGCUUAUGUUUCCCUGCCCCAGGUCACUUUUGGCCCCAAAAGGUGGCAGUUACCUAAUUCAGAGAACUCCAUUUUAGCCUCAACUGCUAAUGAUUUGCGGAGUGACAAAUACACCCCUAUCAACCCUGAAAAGCUGAAGGCUGCUGCUGCUGGGCUAUCUCGAAUUGGAUCAGCAUUUGCUGUUGCUACUGCUAUUGUCUUUGGUGGUGCCACCUUAACGUUUGGGCUAGUAGCAUCCAAAUUGGAGUUGCAUAAUACUGAUGACAUUCGGACUAGAGGGAAGGACCUCGUUCGACCAAGGAUGGAAAUGAUUAGAGAACAACUAAUUCCCUUGAGAACUUGGGCUGAAGACAUGACAAAUAAAUGGCAUUUGGAAAGGGAAGAAUCUUUUAAAGAAAAGCCUCUUGCAAAGGAGCUCUCAAGGAUUCUGGGUGCCAAGACGUCGAACUGA